UCCAGUUCAUAUAAUGAAUUGAAUUCUUUUGUCUAGUGCUUAUUUAGGUGCUUAUAGUACAUGAUUACCUGAUAUAAGAACCAUUAUUUGCCCUGCACACACUUAGCACAGUAUGGCUGAGAUGGAUAUUUUCAAUUGUUUAUAUGUUUGGAUGGUGCAGAGAGAUGUCUACUGAGAAGAGUGUUAAUUUCUGAUCGAUUCAUUUUUUAAAUAAAUUUUAAUACAUUUUCAAGACAUAAUAAGGUAUUCUAACAGCAUUGAUGCAUAAUCAUUAACCAGUCUGUUUGAGAAGGUGCAUUAAUGGCUAAAAGGGAGAUGGUGAAAUCAGAAACAUUUAUUUGUUCAACUUAUCUAGAACAGGGGCAUUAUGAUUUGUUUGCUUGUUGUAUUGUGUAGCCUCUUGACCUGGAAUUGACAUGUGUAGUUUGUUUCUGUGUGUGGGCAUGGUCUAAAUGCAACAGCUAGGAAUUCUAGUUCAAUUUAACUAGAACAGGGAUAUGUAAUUCCUAUGCAUGUGCAAAUUGUGGCCAAAAUACAGCUUAGCAGCUAGGCUAUUUGGUCUGCCUGUCUUGGACCCAAAUGAUAAGUGCUAGUAUUCACAUGUUAUUGUUCACAUAGUGUAACAUUCCUCAAAAGCAAAAUAGGAUAAAAGUGAAAAAUGAAACUUCAAUCCUGUAAGCUGUAGAGUGGGUAAAAAGCAAGCAAUCUGUUUCUUGCAUUACAUGGAUGUUAUUUUCUGUGGUUUCAGGUGACCUCAAAAUAAAAAAUAAGGUAACUGUCUUAUGAAGAUAGUGUUCUAAAAAGGUGUGUAUUCGAUAAUGCAUAAUUGUGCAACUGUGCACAGUCACUUAAUUGGAGGGCUGGGGUGGGAGUUCAGGCCCUCUUGAGCCCCUGCACAUUGCAAAACAAUAAUGUAUCCACUCGGACCACACCUAUUGAAUUAUGCAUGGACAACAAGGUGGUGUUGUUGAGAAACAUAAGAGUAGUGAAAAUGCAUGAUCACAUGUUCUUAUCCAAGUGCUCUCUUUUCCCCUCAAAGAUGGAAAAGAAAGUUGCCCACUGAGGAUAAUAGAGCAUAGCUGAAUUAUCAAAUCACUCUAAUCAACACAAGUAUCGAUAAAGGGUUUCCUGGUGGACCAGUUGUAUGGCAAGUUGUUUAAACUUUUACACUUUCCUUUUUGCUUGUGAUAUUUCAUUUAGUUAUUUUUCUUUCUUAACAUCUCUGAGUCCUCAAAACCCCCUUAAUUUGGCAAAUUCUCUCUCAUAUGCACAUACCCAAUUAGAGAAUGGAGACUAUCACACAGCACUAUUAGGUUUUACCUAGGCUUUACAGGUUUAAAGGAAUUGGUGUAACCAAUGCCUUGUUUCACAGGUUUAACUUGACAUAUAUUUUGCUUCCUUAGUUGAAACCUGGUCUUUAACAGCAACAUGUGCUUGAGUUCAAUGAAAUUGGUGAUGGAUUUUGAUUUUUGAUUUGGAUUUUAACUCAUAAUCCUGCUGACCUCGAUACAACUACAACUCAAAGACAACUAUAACUUGGAUGCAAUUGUACUGUUGAUGAAUCAAAUUUACAAUUGAAUGUGGCAAUGUGCAUAUCUGGAGACACCAGAAAGGCAUUAAGGACCACCAAAAGAGUCUUUAAUUGCCACUAUAGAUGAUUGUUGAAAUGGAUGGUCAAGAUUGGAUCAUGGUGGAUGUUUCCCACCUACCAACCUGUGAGAGGUUGACCCUUGUACUCAUUAUUUAAUUUAUUAACUAACUCAUUUAAAGAUCCUGUUGCAGUUCUGCUGCAUGUGUCAGACAUUGAUACCGUUUUUUAUUUGUUUUUAAAUGUAAAUGCAUCCCUGUCACUGGAUUUCUUUUCUUCCUUUUACAGGAAUGAAACUACCAGGGCAAAGAAAAGGCUCUGCAGCCUAGGGAGUAGCUAAGAUUUUCUUUCUUUUGUUUUUUUCUUUUUAAUAUUUAUCAUGAGUGAUUUAUUAGGGUACCUGCAGAUUUUUCAGACCCUAAAAGAGGAGCUGUAAUUUUUAUGGAAAUGGACCAUCUUAUAAAGUGCUUUUCUAGGCUGAUUUUGAGAGAGAGAAUCAAGUAACAGAACUGCUGGCUUGUGUUGAAAGGUAAAGAAAUCAAAGAAUAGAGGUGGAGAGACAGAGAAAAAGAGAUUUGAGGAUAAGGGUUUUCGUUUUCUUUCCGCCCUCAAGUGAGUUGUCAAGUGAAGAGAAAACAAGUGUUUUUCACUAUAUGACAAGGAAUUAGAAUCACUUGCUGGUUAAGCAACAUCAGUAGCUCUAUCAGUAUCAAGAUAAGAGAAGAAAACUAGAAAAGAGAAACCGAAGAAAAGUUUUGGUGGUUUUGUUGGGUUGAUUUUUGGGAAAUGGAGUAAACUUGCUAGAGCUUUUCUCCACCUCUCUCCAUAUAUAUAUAUAUAUAUAUAUAUAUACACCAGCAAUUAUCAUGCAUGAUGGCCUCCUAAUUAAAGUGAUCAAAAGCUUCCUUCUUCUCUCUCUUUCUCUCUCUCUCUCUCUAGCAUAUAAUCAUCAUAGUCACUAUCAUCAUCUGUAGGUUCCUUCAGCAGAUGGAGGCAAGACUCUGUUGUUUUCUAUUAGCACUGCAAAUAGUAGUGAGAUUUGUUCCCUGUACAAGCAGACCUUUUGCAUCUAAUGAUGGUGUUGGUGUCAAUCAACCAGGUCAGAGUCCAGAGUCUCUGCAGGUUCUUUUGGGAUCAAAGUUUGGCUUUCAGAUGGAAUCUAAACAAGGAAUCAAAGGCAAGGAAGAAAUAGUAGGAGCAACUGACGAAGCAUACUCAAAAGGGUUGAGCAAAAUAGGGUCAAGCCCACCAAGUUGUGAGCACAAGUGCUAUGGUUGCACUCCAUGUGAAGCAAUUCAAGUGCCCACAACUAGCAAAGCUCACAGCCAUUUGGUUGUCAAUUAUGCAAAUUAUGAGCCCGAGGGUUGGAAAUGCAAGUGUGGCCCUACUUUCUACAGCCCAUGAACUUUAUAUGACCAUGCCUUUUGUAUUGUACAAAUUUCAUAAUAUUAUUAUUAUUAUUAUUAUUAUUAUUAUUAUUAUUAUUAU